AAGUCAGCUCGAGAGAAGAACGAAGCACUUACAGGAAAAGCGUUUGAAGACAGUUUUAUUGGGAACAUUUUUUUGAUAUAAAGAAAUAUGUUUGCACUAUCGUCACGAGAUCUUGUCGUCUUUACAUGUUGCAUAGUAUCGAGUGCAUGUGUUUUGGCGUUAUCAAGUAUAGAGAAAGACGGAGCUCCAGUUGAACAAAAUAGGUUCUCCCUGUCCAUUGGUAAGACCUUGGUGCACGAUUUUCGACGACAAAAACGAAUCGUUUAUAAUAUGAAAGUACUUUUUCUAGAAUCAAGAUGCAGAGAUCGACUACUCGGAUGCGAUAAACCUGGGUUCUGCUAUAAACACAGAGCAAAAUUUUGGAAAAGAAUGAUUAGAAGAAAUUGUAAAAAGACCUGUGGUCAUUGUCGUGCCCCAUCACCACCAGCAUGCGUCAAUUCUGAGUUCGGUUGCUGUUGGGAUUACAUCACGACUGCCCUUGGUCCUGGGGGUCUGGGAUGUACCAGGUGUGAAGAUAACAUCCGCUAUCCUUAUGUUUGUAAACGAUUUCGCAAGUACUGCAGAAAGUCUGGGGUCAGUGGUAAAUGGAUGAGGCUAAACUGCCCGAACGCUUGUGGACAUUGUGAUAUAUGGCAGUUCAAGUAAAAAUCCAAACCCAAGACAGCGUGAUUAGUUGGAUUGUAUGCAACCAUAAGGUCAUUAGACUAAUCAAUUUUUGGUCAGAAUAAAGAAAGAGAAAGAAGCAAAGGUUUAUUUAAUUUACAAGAUAAACAAAGUGAGACUUUUAGUUUUGUAAUCCCAUUAAACCAAAAAAUUGGAUUUUAACCUUAUACUUGAAGUAUAGUAUUCGUGUAAUAUUUUCAAUAUAAUAACUACGGUAAUUUUUUAAUAACGAAAUUAAGUGAAGUUUAAGGAUGACGAUGAUUGGUUCAAUUAUGGCCACGUGAUCAUAUAUCUUACGAAAGAAGCAAAGUCCCAACUGUUGCUCUUUGCAAAACAAUCUAUCACAAAUUGUGUAUCAUCAUCGAAUGUAAAUAUACAUAAUAAAUUUACUUUGUAAUUUUAAAGCGAAAACAAUGAAGUCAAAAAAUA